AUCACCAAGCAAGACUCACAAACAUAUCUACUUCGACUACCACAACAAUUAUGGCUCUUCCUUUCCUUCCCGGACAGGUUUUUGACCGAAAGAUUGGGAAGACAAAGUUUCACAAGACACACCAGUUUGACUAUCGUAAUGAUGUUUCUCAGUAUGUUGGAGAGAGUAAAUGUGGUAUUGGAGGAGAUGUUCUGCCAGGCCAAAAGUUGAAUCCAAGACACAGUCACUUCCCAAAAGGUGUCGGUCCAGAAGCACCAUCCUGGGUUGCCUUUGACAGACAAGUCUUGUGCUUUGAUGCCUAUUUCCAAGAAGCUGUACAUGAGAAGCGCGAAGAACAAUACAGAAUACGAAGGUGUAAAAUCUAUUUCUAUCUCGAAGAUGACAGUAUCCAAGUAAUUGAACCAAAAGUCGAAAACAGUGGUAUUCCUCAAGGUACUCUGAUUCGCCGUCAUCGUAUUCCACUUCCUCCUCCUGGUGAUGAGGAGUUUUACACUGUUGAACACUUCAAUGUUGGAAAAAAAAUGAAUUUUUACUCCAGGAUUUUUAAGAUCACAGGUUGUGAUGAGUUUACUCACAACUUCCUCAGAAAGCUUGGUGUUAGAGUCACACCAUCAUCUACCACCCCUAGUGAUCCCUACUCAGACCACCGUAAACAGAUUGUAGGAAGCAUGCAACCUCUGAGGCCUUAUGAGAAAGAGGACACACUCAAGCAGUUCUUGCAAUAUGAUCGUCGAGUGUUGCGGUUUUAUUGCCUGUGGGAUGAUAGUGACAGCAUGUUUGGUGAUGCUCGUGAAAUGAUAUUACACUAUUUCCUUGCCGAUGACACUGUAGAGAUCCGAGAAGUCAUCAAUCCUAAUGCUGGUCGGGAUGCUGCGCCAGUAUUUUUACGCCGUCAAAAGUUACCCAAAGAACCAGUGCCAUUACAUCAGCCUGGUGAAAUAACUGGUCGCACUGUGUUAAAUGUGUUUGGACCAAUGGGACAUGGUGGGCGCUGGAUUCUCGAUAGCUUAAAGACUGGUGCUGUCCAUAUAGAUCAUUAUCUUGAUCAAGACAUCACCCUGGGGUCUGUCAUCAAUGUGUGGGGGAGGAAGUUCCUGGUUUGUGAUUGUGAUGACUUCACCAAAGAAUUUUACAGAACCAAAUAUGGACUAGAUUCAUUUGAUUCCAUCAAGUACAAGGCACCACCUCACGUAUUCCCACCUCGUGAGAUUCCACCUUACAAUGGUUUUGGCUCAGAAGAGGAUUCGCUCUGUUCAUGCCUUAGUCUUAUCCCUAAACCACCCAAACGAGAUUUUAUCAAAUUUAUGGAAAAAGACAGGCAUGGUCUAGAGAGUAAUGUGCUAAGAUUCAUGGCCCGUAUGAACACAAGUCGACCCAUAGACAUGGACAGAAGGUUUAUCAUCUCAUACUUCCUGUCGGAUGAUACCAUAUUGGUAUUUGAGCCACCACAGAGAAACUCUGGUAUUCUUGGAGGGAAAUUCCUGGAGAGAGGACGCAUUAAGAAACCUGAUCAAGACAGUUACUAUGUAGCACAGAACCUGUAUAUAGGUGCCAACGUGCAGUUCUUCAACCACGAGUUCAUUCUCGUUGAUGCAGAUGAGUAUGCCGUGGAAUACAUGGAGAAGCACAAAUAUGAGUUCUCCAAAGCCAACAUGGAGCAUAUCCUACCAAAACUUCAAUCAGUCGCUGAUGAACACUAUGAAGAACUCAAAUCUGUCUUCAGUCAAAAUGAUGUUGAUAAUUCAGGACAAAUUUCUUUCCCUGCUUUCUGGUCUGUGCUAAAAAGAUUUGGAGCUGGUCUGUCAGAACAUGAGAUGCUAACAUUAUGUAGAUACUAUGCUGAAGAGAAGGCUGAUAUUGGUAAUCUGACGAUGAUCAUCGCUUCCGUUCAAGAACAAUUAAGAAAAGCUAACUUUGAAGACUUCACGGCAAUGAAGGAAGCUUGUCAGUAUGAAGAUAUCAACAGAACUGGCACCUUGGAAGCCAAGUCCCUUCAUAACUUAUGCCUGCGAUUUAAAGUUCCCGCCAAGCAGGAAUUAUUGGAUGUUAUACUCUCACAGACUGAAAGAAACGACCAAGGCUUGGUCAAAUACGAUCAUUUCCUUAAGCUUAUCAACUGGCGAGAUUCUCCAGUGAGUUUACAAAAGAUUGUUCCCAUACAAGCUCCCGAGGCAAAACCUUCGGAAAAGAUUGGACCCAAAGACCGCGUCAAGGUCAUUAACUACAAGAAUCUGCUACAACAACUUUUACAUUCUGAAUAGAAAAUGAAUGAUCAGUUUACUGAUAUGUCUUGGAUGGCUAAUGUAUUUGAACUUGUAUUGACUUUAUGAGAUAAAUGAUUCUACUGUAUUAACUAUAUUUUGAUGAUUUCUUGAUACGUACAGUAAGAUUGUAAAUAGAAAUAGAAUUUGCUUUCAUUUUUCAUACUUAUGAUGAAUAAUGGUAAAUGAAAAUAAACACUACCACGGCUUGCUUCGUCAA